AAGUCUUUGAUGAAAUUGAUUUGUCCGAUUUGUGUACUGCUGAAUGUAGCAUCAAAAACGUAAAUCACAGUUUUCAGGUAAUCACCGCCACACGUUCACUAGUGCUUUGUGCCGAGUCCCGCCGCGAAAUGGAAGACUGGCUUACCUCGCUGAAAUCUGCCUCUAUACCGGCACGUGCACGCGGCGAUAGUUUUUUCAUCGAGCAACAUGAUUUGUUCUUCAAUCAUCAUCACUGGUAUGCCACAUCACAUGCGCGCCCCACCUAUUGCAAUGUGUGCCGCGAUGCGUUAUCCGGCGUCACCUCGCACGGGCUGUCUUGCGAAGUAUGCAAAUGUAAAGUGCACAAGCGUUGCGCCGCCAAAGCGAUUGCCAAUUGUAAAUGGACCACAUUGGCCACCGUUGGCAAGGAUAUUAUUGAAGAUCGGGACGGUAGCAUUAUUAUGCCACAUCAAUGGAUGGAGGGUAAUUUGCCAGUGUCAUCAACAUGUGCCGUUUGCAAGAAGACUUGCGGCUCUGUUUUACGUCUGCAGGAUUGGCGUUGCUUGUGGUGUCGCGAGACAGUACACGUGGCUUGUCGUCCACAGAUUGCAGUCGCAUGCCCGCUAGGACCAGCCAAAUUGUCGGUGGUGCCGCCAACUUGUGUGCACUCUAUAGGCAAUGAUGACUCCUGGGAUGUGGAAAGUCCGAAGGGGAAUUUUUCGCCGCUUUUAGUAUUCGUCAAUUCGAAAUCAGGUGACAAUCAAGGCGUCAAAUUUUUACGACGCUUUAAGCACCUAUUGAAUCCAGCACAAGUGUUCGAUCUCAUAUCGACCGGUCCCAGUUUGGGUUUGCGUCUCUUCAGACAUUUUGAAAUGUUUCGGAUACUAGUUUGCUCCGGUGAUGGUUCCGUGGGAUGGGUGCUCAGCGAGAUCGAUCGCUUCAAUAUGCAUAAACAAUGCCAAGUCGCAGUUCUGCCACUCGGUACUGGCAAUGAUCUGGCUCGCGUACUAGGUUGGGGCUCUUCGUGCGAUGAUGACGCACAUCUGCCACAAAUACUGGAGCGUUAUGAGUCUGCUAGCACGAAAAUGCUCGACCGUUGGAGCAUUAUGGUCUUCGAAAAGGCUAUCGCUGUACAACCAAAAACACCGAAAAUGUCAUUAUCGAGUGCACAAGAAGCACUGCUCACGGGCAUGGUUACAGCGGCUAAUUUAAAUUUACGUUCCAUCGUCGAAACAGAAGACGCCCAGACGCUCGUAACUGCCACGAAAACACUUUGCGAGACGCUCGACGAACUAAUGUUACAGAUCUGUGAGAGUCGCAAGGACGACGAACAAUUGGCGAUAAAAUGUGAGAUAUUGCGCGAGAAGUUGGGCAUGUUGCUGGAUGCUUUGCGCGAAGAGGAGACUGGUGUGCAUGCGGGUGAUGACUUGUUAGCGACAAUCAGUAGUAUAAUUGCCAAAAGCGCGUCCAACUCACCAACUGCCUCGCCUACGCCCUCGCCAUCGUCUUCACUGCUUAAUCCAAACAUAUCAAUCGAGAAAAACGAAAAAGAACAAUUCAAUACAAAUGAGCGACGCAAUAGCCGCUCGCUGCGUUCUACUGAACGUGAAUCGCUGCAGUGUCGCGCUAACAGCGUCAAACGCGCCAUGUACAAUGUAAUCGAACAUUCUGAACCCGGGCGACCCAAGCGUUAUCAACGUAAGCUCUCGAUUACGCCCUUCGAGGCAUUGAAAAUACCAACCAAUGCUUCAGGCGAAUCGACACCAUGUUCCUCACCGCUACCCAUCAUACCGCCAAUCAAUAUAAUUUCGCCCACCAUGGAAACGUUACGUCUCACAUGCAUAUCCCCACUGCCCGAUACACGACGUGACUCAGUCGAUGAGAAUUUUUUUAACUCAAUUAGCCUACCAGUACCACGCCAAUUUGCGGAUAGUCGUCGCAGUUCAGGUGUGCCCGAAGUUAUACAAGAAAUCGAGGAGAAUGGACAGAAUGGUCAUAGCGAGAUUGUCUAUCGUGUCGGUAGGUUGUCGCUUAGUGGCGGUGCCAACAUCGAUGACUAUGGCAAUCGUUUGCCUAUAGUAGGUAAUGGCAGCGAUGCUAGUUCGCCGACUGAACGCAAAAUCGACUUUCUCAGUGUACCAAUAUUGACAAGCGAACAGAUUAUUGAUCCACUUUCGGACUAUCGUCCAAUUGAGGUAUUUGAACGCAACUAUUACAUGAGCCGUGAGUUGGAUAUGGAAAAGAAACGAAAGCAAAGUUUAAAUAUUGAGGAAGAGCAUGCCAACGAAUGUGGAAAAGAUGAACAAGCAGUAACUGAAAAAACUAAGGAGCUGCGUUUCAGUGAUGUGGCUUGCCAACUGCAGGUACCCAACGUAGUCAUAUCCCCUAAAGCCCCAAAUGUAUACUCAAGCGAAUGCAUAACAAUCAUUGACACAGAUAUGCCCACUGAGCAGUCAUCAUCGGAUGAGUUGCCAGGUGGCGAGGCGAGCGAUGUACUAUCGGCUAUUGGCGAUGAGGAAUGUAGUGUAGCGUCGGAGAUAUUCGAUAAACAACUUGAAACUCCAGAGCCAGGGCAGCCCCUGCAAUUGGGAGACAUUAUACAGAAUCUUGAUGCCAGCUCCUUCACACAUAUCGACUCGCCAGAGACGAGCGACGAAACAGAGGCCGUGCCUGGCGAAUCACUCAUGGAUGAUAUCAGUUCGGUGCUAGGCCAUGAUAUAACGUGCGCACUGCAGGACAACACCAUUACCGAUGACACGACAACACUUUGUUCGGACACCAAUCCAGCACCAGCCAAGUCGAUACGCAAGAAAUCGCUCAGUAUGGGCGGACAACGAAGCAACCGGCGAAACUCAUCGCCACCCCGCUAUGCACAAUUGGCGCGUAUGGAUAGCGAUGAGAAUCCACAACAGUUCGGUUUUGAAAAUAUCGUUUUCGAAAUAGACAAUCGUUGUGAUGAUCAAAAGAUGCGUGAGCCACCAAGAUACUGCAGCCUGGCGCAGUUUGUGGAGGGCAAUGAUAUAGCGCGCCAGAGCUUCAAGCGUCCCAAAAAGCGCACCUCCCUCCGCAAACCCAAAUCCUCUAUACUUGUAUCACAACAACAACAACUAUCCAUUGAUGCCUCCACAACAACGACCGCGACAUUAACGACGACAACCACAACAUCAACAACAACAACCACCACCACCACCACCACCACUGCAUACUCGAGGGGCCAACAGUUCGAAGAUGAACUUACCACAGAAAUGGCUAUAAAGAUUGAGAUAUGCGAUAUUGAGACCUUUGCACUAGCGGAAAGUGAAACGACAACAACAACGAUAGUAGAUUCUAGUGGUUACCUACAAACUAUGUCAUCGCCAUAUUCCCACCAUCAACAACUGCAGGCAACACCCACAAUGACCAACACUUUGAACACCCAACCAACAAUAACAACAAUGACAACAACGACAACAACACUUGGCUCAGCAUUGAGCUCAUCACCGAAAAAAUCUGGACACGGACAAGAUGUAAAGCGCAUUACUUUUGAUGAGUCGUGUAAGAAAGAAUCCUUUGAUGAUGUAAAUCCAAACUAUCCGCAGAUAAGUGUAGUUGUGCGCCCGCCAACACCAUUACGUGGAGAUGCAAUCAAGCCAGUGAAUGCAGCAUCGGCGGCCAGUCUUUUAUCAGCCCGCAUGCUGCCGAUGGAGUUGAGGCGACAUUCGAGUCAUGCAACAACCAGCCUAACGGUGCGCGAACAUGCAGAAAAGGAUCGACGACAUUCGGGCUACAAUCCAAAUUUAUUAAGCUUAGAUCCAGAACAUACAAAAUUCUUAAGCUCCUCACCGGCCGCCAGUCGACGCAUCAGCUGUGGCAGUCUCUUCAAGCCCAAUGAAGCGCUACCAAAUCUACAAACAUUAAAAGGCUCCAAGUCUAGCCUCUUUAUGGGCUCUGCAUUAUUCGGUUUUGAUCAUUUCGGUGCUGGCAGUAUUGGUGGCUUAGGUGGUGACAAAGAACGCGACGAGAAGGGUAACAAAGAUAAGGAGCGCAUGGCUGGCGAAGAAGGUGCUAAGAAAAUGCCGAUUAUAAAUCCACUUGUACGACUGCCAAAUUGGCCAACUCUAGCGAACGGCACUGGUUUUAUCUCCAAGUGCCUAUUAGCCAAUGCAGAUACACUUUGUGCUGCCGUAAGUCCACUUAUGGACCCCGAUGAAACCUUGCUGGCAGGGUAUCAUGAGAAAUGUGUAAUGAACAACUACUUCGGCAUUGGUAUUGAUGCGAAAAUCUCACUCGAUUUUCAUAAUAAACGUGAAGAGCAUCCAGAGAAGUGUCGUUCGCGUGCCAAAAAUUAUAUGUGGUAUGGCGUUUUGGGUUCCAAACAACUGCUACAGAAGACCUGUAAGAACUUGGAGCAGCGUGUGCAAUUGGAGUGUGAUGGUCAGCGUAUUCCAUUGCCCUCACUACAGGGUAUAGUCAUCUUGAACAUACCAAGCUUCAUGGGUGGCACAAAUUUCUGGGGAUCCAGCAAGAAAGACGACAUAUUUCUACCGCCCUGCUUCGAUGAUCGCAUACUCGAAGUGGUCGCCGUCUUUGGCUCAGUGCAAAUGGCUGCAUCGCGUCUCAUUAACCUGCAACAUCAUCGUAUUGCGCAAUGUCAGAGCGUACAAAUAAAUAUACUGGGUGAUGAAGAGGUACCCAUACAGGUGGAUGGCGAAGCUUGGCUCCAGCCACCGGGCAUGAUACGUAUUUUGCAUAAGAAUCGCGUGCAAAUGUUAUGCCGCAAUCGUCAUUUGGAGGUCUCACUGAAAUCUUGGCAAGAGAAACAACGUCAACACAGCAUAUCAAUACAACGCGACCAAUCGUCAACAGCUUCGGAGCAUGCAACAUCAACCGAUGAAGUGCUGUCGGAGCGUGAGUGUUACGUGCUCUUGAAUUUCAUUGAAGCCGUCAGCUCGCUUGUGAAAUGGGUAAAAUUCUUAAUUAUUUCGCAUCCAUCUUUGCAACAUGAUCUUUACGCUGUUGCAUGCCGUGCAUCGGAUGCGCUCGAGUCGAUACAUCCACAAGGUAAACUACUUGAAGGACCCACUCUGCGCACCAAACUUGUGGAGGUUAUCGAUUCCUCACGGCAGUUAUAUGAUGAUGCAUGCAAUUUGUUGCGUGAUCGUGGACAUAGCCUGAUACUGCGCGAGGAUCUCGAAACGAAAUUGAGUGCAGCGCUUGCAAAUAUGGAAAUGGAGCUGAAGAAGUGUUCGGUGCAGAAAUACAUCGAUGGAAAGUUGCGGGCCUACUUCAAUGCCUUGGCGCCAAAUGAAGAGGGUGAUGGCCGCCGCAAAUCGCGUCCGUUCUGGGUGCGUUUACGUUCCGGAUCCACAGUUGGCCAGACCCAACUUAGGCCACAACUCACAAAUACACGUGAAGCAGUCAGCAAUUGGAGUGUCAACGAAGUGGUCACAUGGCUUGAGACGAUGCAGCUAUCCGAAUAUGUGGAUAGCUUCCUAAAGAACGAUAUACGCGGCAAGGAACUACUUACGCUCGGCAGAAGAGAUCUCAAAGAUUUGGGCGUGGUUAAAGUAGGUCAUGUAAAGCGUAUAUUGCAAGCCAUUAAAGAUAUGAGCGAAAAUUAAAGAUAAGGAUGGAGACAGGAAGAGGGUGGCCGUAAACAAUUGAAUGAAAAUGAAACGAAAUGAAUCACUUGCAAAGAGUCAGCGAAGUGGCCACAAGCCAGGAAACACAGCAGCUGUGAAAAUAUGUUGAUAACUUCCUAAGGUGUGAUGUAUGAGGUUGAGCCUCCCAGAAGUCACUCUCUCACAAAAAACGAAGAGAGUAGUAAAAGUGGCGCAUGCAAAGCGUACUUUAUUUUGCAUGCAAUCAAAACUAUGUGUGUGAUUUCAAGAUCUGGACUUUCAGUAUGAUUGUAAAGUAGACAGAAAAAAACAUUAAAAACAUGUGCACGAAUAAGUUUACGCUUUGUAGUAGGUAGUAAAUGCUGAUAGAAAUAUGUUCGAUUGGCAAUCUAACGAACUUAGAGAUUACAGAGAAGAGUUCGCAAAUGCAAUAGAUACGUAUGUAAAUGCAAGUUUGAAUAACUAACGAAAAAAUCAAGCAAAAAAUGCAUAAAACAAUCAUAAAUUUAGUUAAGAUAAGUUAAAAUUAUCUGCAGUACGCGCAUACUAAAAUGUGGACAAAAAAAAACAAAAAACACAAAAAAGAAAACAAUUUAAGUGAACUUUUUUGAUUUAUUUAAAGGAGCCCGAUUCCAUAUGCGAUUAGGUAUAUACACGCAAAGCAAACACACAAACAUACUUAGUUAAACAAAUCUAAAAUUUUUAGCCCUACUUACUCUGAAAACCGAACAAAGAAAACCUAGCUUAAGUGAGAGUAAACGAAGAACUAAAGUAAUAAAUUUGUAUUCAAUAAAUUAACAAAACCUUAAUUUAAAGCUCUAAAAGUCAGACGCUAAAUUCUUAAAAAAGAAAAGUUUCAUUUGUUUAAAAGAAGUCACUAAUUUUAAUAUUUAUGCAUAAAAAAUUAUUUUACACCUACAAGUAUAUGCAGUAAUGAAUAAUACACUUUUCAAAAAAAAAGAAGAAAAAAAUAUUAUUAUUAAUAAAUACAUUUUUGCAUUACUUAAUUGUAUUUAUUAUAUUGUAAGUAAUAUUAAAAACGAAUUUAAAUGUAGUUACAACAUAUAAUUUCUAUUUUAUUAUUAUUUUUUUUUUUGAUGUAAGGAUCUCAGUAAUUUUUUAGGUAUUUAAAAGGGUAUUAAAAGUGAAACUUCAUUAAACAAAUACCAGAAAAGAAAGUAACCAAAUAUUUCUUUAUGCUUUUGAGAUUUAAGCAAAACACAUUAUAACUUCGAUAUUUAUCAAAGAAGACACUCUUCGAGCAAAAUAAAAUGAUUCUAAAUUUAUAAGCAAUUUAAAGUUUAACUAUCGUAAAAAAUUAUCAUGAAUAUCGAUAUUAUUCUACGCAUUAGCACACUCAACUAUACAUUUAAUAAACGUUUAAGUCAAAUUUAGAAAUUAAAACUAUGAAAAAACAUUUUUUCAUAAACCUAUUAUAAUAAAAAAAAAAUUAUUUUAAAACCUCUGAAUGACUUGAAAACUAGUAAAUAAGGGCGAAAGUUAAGUUUCCAUACUCAUAAAUAGGCAUUAAUGGCAAUCAGUUUGUCACUGAAUGACUUUGUAGUUGUAGAAAAACAAAAAAAUUUCUUUUAAUCAAGAUUUUUGUUUUUUAAAUUACACUAUUAUAUAAAUAUUUUCUUCAAAAGUGGCAUCUCAUUAAAAAGAUUCACUAAAUACGAAAAUUGGUUUCAUUCAUUUUUCCAAAGAAGAUUUUUCACAAUGUAGGCAAAAAAUCAGUUUUCUAUGCCUUUUUUGCAGUUAUUGCCAAAAAAAAAUCCAGAAAAGCUGAUAAAACUAACAUCUAAUGGAUAUUGUUCGAAAUCUCGUUUUCCUGUUCGUAUUCGAAACUCGUUCCGCCGCUUCGCGUUCAUAUAUUCUUUAAGCGCUUUCGCUCCGCCACUUCUCUGCUUGCUAUCUACGAGCAUGCGCUCUGCUCACUUCAUGUAAGAUUUGCAGAUGAAAGCAAAAACAAAGUUAUCGAGUAAGAUUCAUCGCUAACGAGUAUGGUAUUUGUGGUUCAUAAAACUGGAAUAACUCAUUGUUUUUUGCAAUGCUACCAACUCUCUUUCAAGAGACUGUUAAACUAUCAGACUGCGUUCAUGCAGAGAGACUUUGCUUUAAUUGUGCGAAAUCUCCUUUGGUGUUCUCACACAGCAACUCCGGUGCUUGCCCUUGUUUCGUUUUUGGUUUGCAGGCAACAACACCAUUGAGAACAAAGAGGACAUGAGCACUUGCUAACGCGUGGCGAAUCGAAGAGACCUUUUGUGUCCAUCGGAAUAGUAAUUUUUGCGCUUCAGACGUUUAAAUACCAAAAAUAAGCACUUUUUCAAGCUUUACCGAAAAUUUUUCCAUUUUAUUUCUUCUUAAUUAAUUAAUAUAAGGAAAUUAAUUCGAUAA